AUGCUGCGAGCCAUCUGUCUCGUCGUGCUGCUGGGCUACGCCUUUGCCGGGUGUCACACAGCCUACGGAUGCGGUCAGCCGGCCGUGCCGCCACAGCUGAGCUCCCGCGUGGUGGGCGGUGAAGACGCUGUAGCCCACAGCUGGCCAUGGCAGAUCUCGCUGCAGACCCGCUACUCUGGGUCCUGGAGCCACUAUUGCGGUGGGACCCUCAUUGCCCCCCAGUGGGUGCUGACAGCUGCCCACUGCAUCAGCUCCUACAUGACCUACCGUGUGGCGCUGGGCCGGCAGGACGUGUCAGAGACUGAAGAGCCUGGUUCUGUGGCCGUGGGUGUGGAGAAGAUAAUCGUCCAUGAGGACUGGGACUCCUACUUCCUCGUCAAUGACAUUGCCCUGGUCAAGCUGGCAGAGGAGGUGCAGGAGACCGACACCAUCCGCAUCGCCUGCCUGCCGCCUGCUGACAAGAUCCUGCCCAACGACUACCCAUGCUAUGUCACCGGCUGGGGAAGCAUGAGGACCAACGGGCCCCUGGCCGACAUCCUGCAGCAGGCUCUGCUGCCCGUGGUGGACUACGAGACCUGCUCCCAGUGGGACUGGUGGGGCGACCUUGUGUACGAGAGCAUGGUGUGCGCCGGCGGCGACGGCGUCGUCUCCGGAUGCAACGGCGAUUCUGGGGGCCCCCUGAACUGCCAGCGCGAUGAUGGGCUCUGGGAGGUGGACGGCAUCGUCAGCUUCGGCUCCAGCCGCAGCUGCAACCUCAAGAGGAAGCCAACAGUCUUCACCCGGGUGUCCGCCUACAUCGACUGGAUCAACGAGCAAAUGAGCGCGAACUGAGGACACAGCACGGAGCACAAGCAUUGAGCAUGAUAAAGGCAAUAGUGCUAA